CGCUUGUUUCCUCACUUCGACCCUCGCGUCCUCGCUCAAGUUGCUAUGAGUGCAGCAGCAGUUCGCGUCGCGCAACAUAGCGCGCAGGCAGUUCGUUCAUUCAGGAAACCACCAAAAAUUCGUAAAUUCCUCAAGCGUGACGAGAAUGGUCUUCCCAUUCCGCACGUCAGGAACCUCAUUGUCCGCGACACACACCCGUGUCGUCUCAUGGACCAUUAUCAUACAACCCUCCAAGACGACUUGAUGUACAUGACAUACAAUCACGAGUCUGGCACACCACCUUCACCUCGCAAAAUUCGUCUCACCUACGACCCCAAUGACCCAUACACUAAAAACCGUCAUAACCCUCCUGUCGGUGGUUCCCAGGCAGGAAAGAAACCGGCUCCUCCAACGACUUCAGACAAUGUCGUACGCUUGGAAAAAAUCGUCAUUCAUUCCAUGGUCAAAGAGGCUCUCACCAACCGGAGUAAUUUACUUGGUCUCAUUGCCGCGUUCCGUGCAUUGUCGGGAGACACUGAGGGUGGGGGAGGUCGUCCUUCGAGCGAUGGAGUCCAGAUCGUGAAGGGGAAAAAGAACGUCGGUGGAUGGAUGCGCCCAGGUCUUCCAGUGGGUGCAAAAGUCGAAUUGAAGGGUCCCAAGAUGUACGACUUCUUGAGCACCCUGGGGGAAUUUGUACUUCCGAGAAUUCGAGAGUUCCCAGGUAUAGUCAUGCCUCCCGCGUCCUCAACAAUGAAAUCUCCGAGCGGCGUGGCUGGUGUCGUUUCAUUUGGCUUGCCGCCAGAAGCCAUGGGUUAUUUCCCUCAAAUCGAGGUGAACUUGGACUCGUAUCCCAAGUCUUACGGUAUGCACAUACAUUUUGUUACCAACGCGGUGGGCCUUGGUGCACAAAAUCGUGCAAGGGCACUGGUCUCUGGUUUCCAGAUACCCUUUGCUCGCAAGUAGAUUACUUGUACUUUUCCGUUACCUUACUCUGUCGUCAGUGAAGUAAUUUGCUCACAUUUCACGUCCCGAUU